AUGCAACAUCCUCAACUUGUCGAAUCACAAGGUCGUGCUUCAGCCGCUUUGAUGAACAAAGGCCACGCUUUCACCGUUUUAGUCGAUCAUGAUGGAGAUUUAGCAAUCACUUCAAUGUCCAACAAUAAUGCGACGACUUCUCUCUCUUCUCCCAACACAAUCAAAGCAUCCAGAUCAAAACUCAUGUCCGCAUUCAAUCAAUCAUCACAGCCUUAUCAAUCGGCCCUCAUUGCCGUCGAAGUUCCAAAUAUGGGACGAAUGGCAAUUCAUCGUAAUGAAGCACUGCAGAUUAAUGGAGUUCAAGAGCAAAGCUCUCGACCAGCCGAUACCGCAAGCAGCAGUGGAAGUAGCAGUAGCAGUGCUGGACUUAGUGCUGAGUCUUUGUCCACCAACCAAACUUCAGUCACACAGCCAGAAGAUGAUACAUUUGACUCAAGUAUUCAUUCAUUCCUAACGGAUCCUCAUUCAGAGAACAAUUCAAAAGAAGGUUUGAAGAGCAGCCAUGAUAGACAUGCAUCACUCUUGGCUAUCAUGCGUGAGGCUACUGCAAACCUACCGCGAAGCACACCAGCACAAUCAUCAAAGACCGCAGCUUUACUGGAUAUCGAUACUCUUUCUAACGAUCGUUAUAAGCCACGCUUAGAAGGUGCAGGAAUGCCAACAUUAAAUUGGCCAGAUUCGAUCGACGGGCCAUGGUCACGAGCUAGUCAACACCUUACAAGUCGUAACGAAAAGAAGAGAAAAGCUAUCCAGCUAUGGCUCGAAGAAGAUAGCGAUGAAGAUACCCCAUCUGAACAGCAAGCUCAACAGCACCCGAUGAUCGCAAAAGUCUUGUUGGAUCGUAAACGACAAGAGGAUAUCAUUCGUGCUUUUGCUUCUUCAGAACAAAGUGCAAUCACGCCUGUCAAACCCAAAAAGCGAGGAAGAAAGCCAUUACUCAAAACAGGAUCUUCCACCACUCCAUCAAAACGCAAACUUGCCAAGUUGCGCAGAUCAAAGGUCUCUACACCAUCUUCAUUACGCCAUCAACACUUGCCCGACUCUGUUUCACCGUCGUCUACCGCUCUCAUGACACCAAGCAGGCGCACCGCAGCAGCAAAUGCGCAAAUUGGAUGUCGAUGUGGUCGCGCAGAUGAUGGAACCCCAAUGAUCUUGUGCGAUGGAUGCAAUUCAUGGUACCACAUGGGCUGCAUGGGCUUAACAGACACAAGCUCGUUGGGAGACGAAGAUUGGUUCUGCAUACUAUGUUGUGAAGUAGCAACUUCAAUCUUAACACCCGGCAGUAGCCUGAGCGGAGGUUUGAUGGUCACACCCUCUUUCCCACGUUCGGCUGCCCUUGCUGGACAACAAAUUCGUUUGAGUCAAGGUCAACUACCCGUCUUUUAUCAAGCAGACGAUACUCCUAUGCAUCUAAGACGAGAUGAUGGCCAUGCACAUGCCUUUUCAUCAGCCCUUGCACUUGCACCCAGUCCGGUUGUACUCUCUGGUACUUCAACCGAUGACCGUAGGGCAAGUCUGGUGGCCGGAAGAGCACGAGCAAACAGAUAUGGCUGGCACUUGGCCGAACAAGGGUCACCCUUGGAGCGUAAAAGCAAUUCCAACAAUUUAGGAGCAUCUCAUCAUAUUCACAAGCGCAACCUGUCUGGAAGCGGAACGAGCGGCAGCAAUUCAAUGCAUGCCUUUACUCAUUCUUCACCUACCCAUCGUCAAAGUCGUACAUUUGCACACGCACAUAGCGAUGGAGAUUUGUACGGUACCUUGAACAGUGCAGGAGGCGAAUCGGCUGGCAUGUCUGCUUAUUUGCGUACACCCAGUCCUCGUUUGAUGUCAUCCACGCCAAAGAGACAACGACAAGCAUCUACUUUUGGUCUUCGAACUGAUCAUCAUGGCGCAAUGGCAGCAGCUGUUCACAGUCAACAUCAAGCACACCGUCGCAGAGAGACGAGUGGAUUACAACGUGAUUUCGAAGAUGUAUUCUCUACACCUUCACGUAUCUUGCACGGUUCAUCUUCAUGGGGACAACAAGCUAGCAUGUUGCGUCAUAAUCGUGAAGAAUCAAAUGCAUCGAUUAAUGGAGGUGCAGGUCUGUCUACCAAUGCAGGAACACCUUGGGGAUUGAGCACCCCAACACGUCAUUUGAUGGAUGCUGGAUUCAAUUCAGACUAUUCGGCAGGCGGUGGUGGUGGUCUGCCAAGUUUGGUCCAUAGUUCCGGUGGAUUGGAUAUGGGAGAAUUUACUGGCUGGCACAAUUUGCAAAACAGUCCAACAAGCAACACACGUGCUGUUCGUCGUGCACGACAAGCAUCCCAUGCUCGUCGUAUUGCAGGCAAUGGAAAUGGUGAAGCUGUUUCAUCUUCUUCAAUGCGUGAAACGACACCUGAACGAGUAUUUGAAUACGAUGCUGGAAGUAGCAGUCCAUUCCCCAAAACACCAACUUUUUCAUCCGAUCCAUAUGCACAUCAUCGUUUACAAUCUUCCAUCACGCCAACUGCUGCAUCUUCACGAACGGCAAAUGGCACUGGUGCAGGAGGAAGGUAUACCACCUUUUCGCCCAUCUCAUCACCCACAACAACCCAUUCCCGUGCCGGAAGGAUGGCAAAAGUUCGUCUUGGAUCCUUGGGCGGCGGCGGCGGCAGUGGAGGCAGCAAUAAUGAAUCAUACCUGAACAAUCGUGGUCGUGAAGCUUUGAACGGAUUACAAGGUCCUGUCGAAUUACGAUCAACGAUUGAACAAUCACCUAAAACAAGAUCUGUUAAAUCUUCAAACGGAUCUACAACAACGAGCAAAGCACGUGGAAGAGACGCUUCUACAGACAUGAUGGCAGGUUUGGGAAUCGGCUUAGAUUUGAACGAUGUAAUCGAUUGGGCUUGA